AAACAGUAGGCAUUUCCUCUGCUUCGUUAUCACCUCUUGCUCAUUAUCACAUCAUGCAGUCAACUCAGACUAAAAACUCUCCUUCGAAGGAGUUCGCACGCCCCGUUCUGCAUGACACUCAGUUCACCACGAUCGCGCCCUCUCAGAGCUUUGCUCAUUAUUCACCUAGAUUACCAAGUAGUGACGAACUGCACGCAAGCGUUCCUGACGCGUUUGCUUUUCACAAACAGAUCCCUAGCUUCCACUUUGCUGACCCUGGCCCCGCGCAAUAUGAUUUGGAAGGGGACUCCAACGACAUUAAUGGAAACAUUCACUAUGUGCCUUACGAUCUGCUAUACGCACCACGACCCAUGCCCGCUAACUUCAAUAGCAUACUUGCACGCGAUGACUGUGCCACUCCGAUCCCUUGGCAAGACCGACCGACUUUUAUUUUUACCCCAACUCCAACCGGAUCGAACAGGACAGCCCUGCGAGCCGCUCCCCCUGCGCCAUUUGCCUUCUACAUACAGAGAGAAUAUAUCGAGGUGGAAAGUAUCAUACCGAAGAUGAUCCACCAAAAGCUCGUCGAUAUCCACGGUAUGCCAAUGUACCCGCCGCCUUUCUUUGACAUGCCCGACACUCGACUAUACUCUCAAUUCAUCAGCAACUUCUGCCGGCACAAGGACGCUGUCACCCGCCGCUACUACUCUACAGUCCCUCGAAAUCCAUGCUUUCCCGAUGACCUGGACUGCCCGAGGAUCUAUCCCAUCGGGCUCUUGAAACAGCUUCACAAACACCUUGAAAUAUACAAGGACGCGUUCCCGGAGCCACUUCCUAUGGUCAUAAUUCGGAACAGCGAGGUCAUAUGUAUGAAUCCACCAUGUUGGUAUAUGUAUGGCGUAAUCGUGCAUGUUCCCCCCACGGAACAUCCCAACACCGAGAAUCUAGAAGACACUCUAUGGUCCAUGACUCUUAAGCGCGGCGUUUCAAAUUUAUACAGGCCAUAUUCAGGAGGUCAACCGAGUGUGGCCACGUCUCCGGUUCAAUUCGGUAAUAUGAUCUACUCCGCCGAGGAACUAACAUAUUUCAACUUCGCUGUCAACGUGUUCAUGGAGGUUCCGAGCUUCCCGGGGUCUGAGCUGAAGGAACCUGAAGCAGCGUAUAAAGGUGCAUUUAUACUUAACGUUCUUGAUCACCCUAUGGACCCAGCAUGUUGGGCCGAACUUUCCGAGGAUCGGAAGAUGGACAUAUACGAGCGUGCACCUCAGCUGUUCGGUGACGUUCCUACUUUCUCGAAGUGUCCGAACUUUCCGGCUAUCAAUCUGCACUUCCAGAAUUGGGAUAUGAAUCUCCUUGGCGUCCUGGACGAUCUCAAGUUUGGGACGGUCGAUGACAGUCUUGAUGCUGGCCAGUGCAAGGAAGAGGAACUAGGAUCAGUGCUGGACUGGAUGAGUGAUUCUCUGUGAAACCUGUUAACGACAUUUCACAGCUGUCACUCACAAUUCUAGUCGACCCUGUGUUGACGUUGCUUAUGGUCGUGGUUUGACCAUUAUUAUUGUGCAUGUUUAUUUGAUGCUCCACACCCUGUUGACCGGCCGCGCUUUGUAUGGUAU